CUUUUAUUGGUCCUCUAUCAUUUGGUGUAUUGGGUUUGGCUUUUUGGUUUUGCUUUCGCUCUCUUCAAUUCCUUUCUUUCUCUUGCUUCUGUUUGUUUUAGCAGAGAACUGAAGAAAGAAGGAAGGAAACGAAGGGAACUGAAAGCAGCAGCAGCAGAAGAUUAUUUUUAGAGAUUCAUUUUAAUUUUAGUUUUAAUUGAAGUGUUGAAUUGAAAUUGAUUUGAAAUUGUAAUUUAAUUUUAAUUUGAGAAGAAGAGAAAGAGAAAGAGAAGGAUGAUGGUAGCUAACAGUUUCGAUCUGUGGCAAAAGGAUUCUUUCUUUUCUGCAGCUGAAGAAGUUCAAGCGUCUGCUGACCUAAUGCAAUCAGCAUAUAGGAUGUGGGUAAGAGAGAAGGAGGGAUCAAAUCCAGAGGAUAUAGAUGAACUUUUUAGAGAGCUCCAAACUUCUUUAGGUACUGCUAAAUGGCAGUUGGAGGAGUUUGAGAGGGCUGUCAGGUUGAGCCAUGGACAUCGUAACGAUGAUAUUACAGCAUCUAGGCAUAAACAAUUUGUUGCAGCCAUUGAAAGUCAAAUAUCACAUGUUGAAGCUGCAUUAAGAGAAGCUUAUAGCGAGGAUGGAAAGAAACCUCUACAAUGGGUUCAUCUGAAUAAAGAAGAAUGCGAUGAUUUGGCAUUAUUCCUCUCCGGAGCUCCCCAAACUCCAAAAAGUGUGAAAGAUGAUUGCAAUGCUCUAAGACCUUGUAUGAAGAGUCCUCCUAUGGAGAAGAACUAUUGUACAAGAAAAGAUGCAGACUAUAUUCUUAAUGCUACAUGUAGUGGAAGUACUUCCAACGAAAGAGAUGUUAGUGAUGUUACUAGUUGCAAAAAUGAUGAAUUUAUUAUAGAUGUGGAAGACAGAGAUAUUUCUAGGAUGCGGGAUGAUAUCAUCUGUCAAGCUGAUAAAACAUCUGGGACAAGGAGAAUAUGGAGUUCACCAAAUUUUGGUGCUUUGAAGGUUGUAAUUGCUGAUGAAGAUGAACAUGAUAGCAGAUUGUCAAGAAUUGAUGCUACACCAAAGGAAAAAGGGUCCAAGCCUCUUUUUUGGAAGCAAAAGUGUGGAGAAUUUUCUCAAGCGAAGGGACCGUCUAGUAUGUUCAAUCAGCUCUUCGGUCAGGUUGGUGGGUUCCAAAGACAAUUGCAAUCACCACUGCCCAUGCAGUUUAGUUGUUCUGUCCAACUUACACUUGCUUUGAUGCUAAGUAUUUUUUUGAUUGUGCCUUUUCUAGUUUAUUCAGCUUGAGACAAAGUGGUAUUUUACUGCUCAUGAUGAGGUUGAGAGGCACUGAAGCUAUCUGCGAUAAGAGGAAAAAGCAUGCAUAUAAUAUAAGGAGGAUGCUAACAAAUUGCCAACAUCUAUGCAUGUUUUCUAUUUGAAGUUUGGGAAUAGGCUAGCUUAGCUCUGAAAUUACAGGGGAGUGAAACUAGCAACAGGAACAGGGUAGUGUUUAGAUUCCCUACCCUUUAAGCCACAGAAAGAAAAAAGGAGAAAAAUGUAUAGUAUCCAUCCAUGUAGUCUCAAAUGUAAUUCAGACUAUACAGAAUCUCAUCUGAAUUGAACUUCAAAUUUAAGAUCGAAAGUUUGGGGUGGCGCAACUGCAAAUGAGUUUAAAUUGUAACAAUUAUUCUAAGUCGAAUUUGUGUAUUUUUCCUUCUCUUUUUUCCUA